UAGAGAAGUAUAUUAGUGCUGAUUUUCCUCUAGUCAUUCUACCUUUCCUCUUCUCUCAACCCCACAGCCAUUGGCAAAAUGAAGUGGGUCACCUUCCUUUCCCUUCUCUUUCUCAUCAGCUCUGCUUAUUCCAGGGGUGUGAUUCGUCGAGAUGCACAUAAGAGUGAGAUUGCUCACCGGUUCAGUGAUUUGGGAGAACAAAAUUUCAAAGCCCUAGUGCUGAUCACCUUUUCCCAGUUUCUCCAGAAGUGCCCAUAUGAAGAACAUGUAAAAUUAGUGAAGGAAGUGACUGACUUUGCAAAAGGAUGUGUUGCUGAUGAGUCAGCUGAAAACUGUGAAAAGUCAAUUCAUACUCUCUUUGGAGAAAAACUGUGUAAAAUGCCAUCUCUUCGUGAGAUGUAUGGUGAGAUGGCUGACUGCUGUGCUAAACAAGAUCCUGAGAGAAUAGACUGCUUCGUGCAACACAAAGAUGACAGCCCCAACCUCCCUCCCGUGGUGAGGCCAGACCCUGAGGUUAUGUGCACUGCCUUCCAGGAGGAUCAACUGAAGUUUGCAGGAAGUUAUUUAUAUGAAGUUGCCAGAAGACAUCCUUACUUUUAUGCUCCAGAGCUCCUCUACUUUGCUGCAAAAUACAAAGACGUUUUAGCAGAAUGCUGCCAAGCUGCUGACAAGGGUGCCUGCCUGACACCAAAGAUGGAUGAAUUGAAGGGAAAAGCACUGGUUUCAGCUGCCCAGCAGAGAUUCAAGUGUGCCGGCCUCCAGAAAUUCGGAGAAAGAGCUUUCAAAGCAUAUGCUGUAGCCCGCAUGAGCCAGAAAUUCCCUGCUGCUGACUUUAUGGAGAUUUCCAAGAUAGUGACUGAUCUUACCAAAAUCCACAAAGAGUGCUGUCAUGGUGACCUGCUUGAAUGCGCAGAUGACAGGGCUGAUCUUGCCAAGUAUAUUUGUGAAAAUCAAGACACAAUCUCCAGUAAACUGAAGACAUGCUGUGAUAAGCCAUUGUUGGAAAAAUCCCAUUGCAUUGCUGAAGUAGAAAGAGAUGAUUUGCCUGCUGACUUACCCUCAUUAGCUGCUGACUUUGCUGAAGAUAAGGAUGUCUGCAAAAACUAUCAAGAAGCAAAAGAUGUUUUCCUGGGCACGUUUUUGUAUGAAUUUUCAAGAAGGCAUCCUGAAUACUCCCCGACAAUGAUACUGAGAUAUGCCAAGGGUUAUGAAGCCACACUGGAGAAGUGCUGUGCUGGUGCUGACCCUCACUCCUGCUACUCCAAAGUGUUUGAUGAUCUUAAACCACUUGUGGAGGAGCCUCAGAAAUUAGUGAAGGAGAACUGUGAACUUUUCAGCACUGUUGGAGAAUAUCAGUUCCAAAAUGCCCUCUUGGUUCGUUAUACCAAGAAAAUUCCCCAAGUGUCAACUCCAACUCUUGUGGAUACCGUAAGAAAACUAGGAAGAGUGGGCACCAGGUGUUGUGGUCUUCCUGAAUCUGAGAGACUGCUCUGUGUUGAGGACUAUUUGUCUCUGGUUCUGAACCACUUGUGUGUGUUGCACGAGAAGACACCAGUGAGUGACAAAGUUACCAAGUGCUGCAGUGAAUCCUUGGUGAACAGACGGCCAUGCUUCUCUGCUCUGGAAGCUGAUGAGACAUACGUGCCCAAAGACUUCAGCGCUGAAACAUUCACCUUCCAUGCAGAUAUCUGCACCCUUCCUGACACUGAGAAAGAAAUCAAGAAACAGACCACACUUGUUGAGCUCUUGAAACACAAGCCCAAGGCAACAGAUGCACAGCUGAAAACUGUUAUGGGGGAUUUCACAGCUUUUCUAACGAAGUGCUGUGCAGAAGCUGACAAAGAGGCCUGCUUUGCCACAGAGGGUCCAAAACUUGUUGCUACAUGUCAAGCUGCCUUAGCCUAAUAUCAGUACAACCCCAAGUAUCUCAGCCAUCCCUGAGGACAAAAGAAAGGCACAUGAAGACCCAGAGCUAACUCACCUGUUUUUCCUUCCUGUUGGUGUAGACAGAUAUCCUGUCUCACAAUUCCCAAAUCUUUAACAUCUUACAUUCUUUCUCUGUGAUGCAAUUAAUAAAAAUAAAAAAGAGUAUAAUAUAA